GGUAAGGCAUUUUGGCCAGCGCUGCGGCGCCUCCUGGUUUGCGUGUGCACGUGGAUAUGGAUGGAUAUGCACAUAAGCGUAUCGGAACCCACAUAUGCAUGUCUCCGAUACGCCCACCUGCCUGCCUCUGCCUACGGGGCUUCCGCUCCUCGCUUCUUCUCCCCCCCUCCCCCUUCCCCUUGCCGGCUGGCUUCUCGCGCCCGCCUGGCACGCGGCCGGACCUCGCGGGGGGAGAAGACUCCUCCCUCCCGGACCAAUCGAGCGAGCGCCCGACCACCCGCCGACCUAACUUGUCCGUUUGUCUGCAUGCGCCUGUCUCGAGCACUAUACCCCCCCUACCCCCUCCCCCGCUAGACUGGGUAGAUGAAAGGAAUGGAGAGGAAAGAAAGAGGCGGGGAAGUAGAGAGAGAGAGAGAGAGGGAGAAAGAGAGGCAUUUGAAACGCUUUUUUCGCAGAGAGACGUCUGCUGGCCGGAUCCUGCGUCACCCGGGGCGAGGAAGGGAGGAGGAGGGAGGGAGCCAGUCUUCCCAAUCGAGUCGAGGCGACCGGUCGCGGUAUUUUUUUCGUCGGUUUCGUCCUGCGGGUCUCUACCAAACCCCGGGACGUUGGUGCGGCACGGAGAUUGGGGAUGGAUUUGGCCACGCCGAUGUGGGUUCGGUAUGUAUGUGUAUGUAUGUAGGGGAUGCAGAGGGGAGUGAGCCGAUGGACGAGUGAGCGAGCGCGUGAGAGACAGAGAGAGAAAUAGGUUGUGUGUGUGGAUAUGGAUGUGGGUGGGUGUGGAUGUGGCUAUAUAGGCAUGUACGUAUGCAUAUAUACAUGUAUAUGUAUAUCGGCGGGUACCUAGG